UGGAAUAUUGCAUUUCGUCACAACGGGUUUUUCUCUACGAAAAUAAAGACUUUUUGGCGAACGACGACGGGACCCGCCGGGAUUUGUGUGUAGCCUCAGAUAGAGAGUAAAAAAAUCGAAGAAAUUCUUUUUGAAAUUUACGGCUUGUAAAAAAUUGGAAAUACAAAAUAAUGCAGUGCACCAUUCGUAAUGUACUUGUGGGUGCCAUUAAGACUCCUUUGCGUUCAAAUGGUGCCAUACUGGGAGCCUUAAAUGGUCGCUUUUACUCCACAACACACGAAGCCGAUUUGGUGGUUAUCGGUUCGGGACCCGGUGGUUAUGUGGCCGCCAUCAAAGCUGCCCAAUUGGGCAUGAAGACUGUUAGUGUUGAAAAGAACCCCACUUUGGGUGGUACCUGCCUCAAUGUUGGUUGCAUUCCCUCAAAAGCACUUCUCAAUAAUUCUCACUACUAUCAUAUGGCCCACUCUGGCGAUUUAGCCAAUCGUGGUAUUGUGUGCAGUGAUGUCACUCUGGAUCUUGAUAAAUUGAUGGUUCAAAAGAGCAAUGCCGUCAAAGCUUUGACCGGAGGCAUUGUGCAAUUGUUCAAAAAGAACAAGGUAACACAAUUGACCGGCUUUGGCACCAUAACCUCGCCCAAUAAGGUACAAGUGAAAAAAGAUGAUGGCUCUGUGGAGACGGUACAAACCAAAAAUAUUAUGAUUGCCACCGGCUCCGAGGUUACACCCUUCCCUGGCAUUGAAAUCGACGAAGAGGUUAUUGUCUCAUCCACCGGCGCUUUGGCCUUGAGAAAGGUGCCCGAGAAAAUGAUUGUUAUUGGCGCUGGUGUCAUUGGUUUGGAAUUGGGCUCGGUAUGGUCUCGCUUGGGAGCUGAAGUAACCGCUGUUGAAUUCAUGGACACCAUUGGUGGUGUGGGCAUUGAUGGUGAAGUUUCUAAAACUUUCCAAAAAGUCUUGACCAAGCAAGGCUUGAAGUUCAAGACUGGCACUAAGGUGAUGUCUGCCACCCGCAGUGGUGAUACCGUUACUGUACAAGUUGAAAAUGCCAAAUCUGGUGAAAAGGAAGAAUUAACCUGUGACGCUCUAUUGGUAUCGGUUGGUCGUCGUCCCUACACCGAAGGUUUGGGCUUGGAGAACGUUGGCAUUGUUAAGGACGACAGGGGACGUGUACCAGUCAAUGAUCAUUUCCAAACUACUGUACCUAGUAUUUAUGCCAUUGGCGAUUGCAUUCAUGGUCCCAUGUUGGCUCACAAAGCCGAAGAUGAGGGUAUCAUUUGUGUGGAAGGAAUGUUGGGAGGCCAUGUUCACAUUGAUUACAAUUGUGUACCUUCUGUAGUGUAUACUCAUCCCGAAGUUGCGUGGGUGGGCAAAUCGGAGGAGGCUUUGAAACAGGAAGGUGUUGAAUUCAAAGUAGGCAAAUUCCCAUUCUUGGCUAAUUCACGUGCCAAGACCAACAAUGAAACUGAUGGCUUUGUUAAGGUGUUGGCUGAUAAGGCUACCGAUCGUGUGCUGGGCACACACAUCAUUGGACCCUCGGCUGGUGAACUUAUUAACGAAGCUGUCUUGGCCAUGGAAUAUGGUGCUUCUGCCGAAGAUGUUGCCCGUGUCUGCCAUGCCCAUCCUACCUGUGCUGAAGCUUUGCGCGAAGCCAACGUUGCUGCUGCCUUCGGCAAACCCAUCAACUUUUAAGUUAGGGUAUUGCAAUUUCUCACACUUUACAUACAUCUCCACACGUCUCACGUCCUCUCCCCUUUACAAAGGCCUUAAUUUAUUAAAAAAAAAGAAAAGGAACUUUAGAAACUGAAACGAUAUCACGAUCGUCUAUCUCUUUGUAAUUUAUUUCAGCCUUUAUUUCAAGUUUUUUUUUUUUUUU